AUGGCUUCUCAAUCAGACUUUCGAUCUCGCCGUUCUUACCCAUCUCUAAAUCGCACCUCCCUCGCUCCGCUAACUCCUUAUUACCCCAUUGACGAUGACAAUGACUUGGGACAUGGCUCACAGGACUACUUCUCCCCUCAAAGCGAGGCUCUCAACACCCCAACCAGAACCUCCUACCUAUCUAGUUACUCAGUUCCUGGUACCCCUGGCGUUCUCUCGCGUACGCCUUCGAGGAGUGGUUCACGCGUCCGCCAUCACUCCCGAAGCAAAAGCUCAACACCUAUUCAUCUAAGCGACUCCAACCUCCAGGAGCGGAAUGUGCACCAAUCGCUGCAUCACCAAUCUGGAGACAGCGGGAGCGGGACUGUCAGCGCCAGUGCUAGUCCUACUACUAGCAGGAGAGCUCGGCGCUCUGCAGCCCACCGCCAUCAGCCAUCCGAAGCGAGAGACCCCGAGUGGAUCCUUCGUGCGGGUGUUGCGCUCGCAUCGACGGCCCGCGAGGAAAAGGGCCAGAGCUGGCUGGCAAAAAGAGAGAGUUCAACGAGCCUAGUCUCCGAGGCGGGAAAUUAUGAAGUUGAUGCUAUCUCACAUGCUCUGCGAACAGGCAUAUCUCGCCGGACAAAGUCCGACCGGUCCACGCCUGCAGCUGCGCAUUCACGAUCCCGCGUGGCUAGUCGACGAAACAGCAGGCCUGACCUAUCGAUGACGGGACUCGAGAUGUCGACGGCUUCGCCCAUCUCCAAAGGAAAUAGCCUCCACAUCGCCUCAGCUCCACGAACGCCCUCAAACCGCACAAGCGAAGACGCGGGAUCUUCUACAUCUUUCCUCCCACACUUCAUAGACGAGCGCGUCCGCGCUGAGAUGCGGGAUACAAUCCAGGAAAACCUCGAUGAUGACUACGACUCCAUGAUAUCAGACUACUGGGACUCGGAAGAAGACGAAGAAGAAAUCGAUGAGCGUGAACUCCAACGCCUGACUCGCGAGCGUGGAUUCGGCUUGGGAAGUUGGAUUGAUCGCCUAGUAGAAUGGACGCUUUUCGGUGUCGACGACUGGCCGCUCUCGUCCUCUCCAGACGCAGUAACCAACCCACCGGCAGCAGAAUUGCAUGCAGACCUCGAAAAUGACCCACCUCACGAUUUAUCCGACAGAGAUGACGAUGAGACCAGAAGCCAAAUGUCAGAUGCCUGUUCUGAGAUCAAUCCGAUGGAAAGAGCCGGAGACCACGGCGGCUGGGACGAUGCAGGAUGGUUCUUUCGCACUAUAAGACAGGCGUUGAUAUCAACUUAA